CCCGGGGCCGGGCCCUUCCGGGGCCGGCGUAACGGGCGGCCAGCUGGGACGUGGUGAGUGACUAGUGAGACAACCUCCGUCGCGAGCGGAAAAGUGGACGCGGCCCACAGGCGGCGGUGAGAAGCGGCGCUGCAGAAUGUGUGGGCGAACCUCCUGUCACCUGCCUAGGGAUGUUCUCACCAGGGCCUGUGCCUAUCGGGAUCGGCAGGGCAGGCAGCGGCUCCCACAGUGGAGGGACCCUGAGAAGUACUGCCCCUCCUACAACAAGAGCCCGCAGUCCAGCAGCCCGGUGCUGCUCUCCCGAAUGCACUUUGAGAAGAAUGCAGACUCAUCAGAGCGGAUAAUUACUCCCAUGAGAUGGGGCCUAGUGCCAUCGUGGUUCAAAGAAAGUGAUCCUUCUAAGCUGCAGUUCAACACUACCAAUUGUCGUAGUGACACCAUAAUGGAGAAGCAGUCAUUCAAGGUUCCUCUAGGAAAAGGAAGGCGCUGUGUGGUGUUAGCAGAUGGAUUCUACGAGUGGCAGCGGUGUCAGGGAACAAGCCAAAGGCAGCCAUACUUCAUCUAUUUUCCUCAAAUCAAGACAGAGAAGGCAACUGGGAAAGGUGCUGCAGACAUCCCUGAGAACAUGGAAAAGGUCUGGGACAACUGGAGGCUGCUGACAAUGGCAGGGAUCUUUGACUGCUGGGAGCCCCCAGAGGGAGAACUCCUGUAUUCCUACAGCAUCAUCACAGUGGAUUCCUGCAGAGGCUUGAGUGACAUCCAUCACAGGAUGCCUGCCAUACUAGAUGGAGAGGAGGCAGUCUCCAAAUGGCUUGACUUUGGUGAAGUCUCUACUCAGGAAGCUCUGAAGUUAAUUCACCCCACAGAGAAUAUCACCUUCCAUCCUGUCUCCUCUGUGGUAAACAACUCCCGAAACAACACUCCUGAAUGUCUGACUCCUGCUGACUUUGUGGUUAAAAAGGAGCCCAAGACAAGUGGCAGUAGUCAAAGGAUGAUGCAAUGGCUGGCUACAAAGUCACCCAAAAAGGAAGUCCCUGAAACACCCCAAAAGGAUGAACCAGAUGUGCCCCAGUGGUCUAGCCAGUUUCUACAGAAGAGCCCACUACCCACUAAAAGAGGUGCCACCAGCAACCUCUUGGAGCGAUGGCUGAAGCAGGAGAAAGAGGAGGAACCACUGACCAAGCGGCCUCACAGCUAGUUACAAAUUACCAAAGUCCAGGCCACAGUUGUGUCCAUUUGCUUGGGGAGCCUGCAACACAAUGUUAGCUGAGGGUUGUGGGCUUAUGAAGAAUCGUGCCUGUCAUGGGACAGCCUGGGAAGACAAGGGCUUGCGGCUAUCCAGCCCUGUGUGCUCUGUGGAGGCAUGUCUGCUAUGACUAGUGUCUCAGCCUCCCAGGAGGCUCUUCUCAGUCUUUGGCCUCUUUCUGCCUUUUACAAUUAAGGUCUUUAAAUAUAUUUUUGUUCUGAAUAAAUUACAUUUGAUAAACCUCG